GGGCAGAGCUAAGUGGGUAGUAGGUCAGGGUGAACACGAGGAGUCACCAGCAAGGCCAGGGCAGACCAGGAAAGCCACAUCGCAGAUGCGGUUGACUGUUGAGGGGAGGUGGGGUAAUUGGCUGUGUUGUAAGCUGUUGGAGAGUUGAGUAAGACUUUGGGUUUAGCAAUGUACGUGGUAGGCAGUGGUAGUCACUGAGUGUUUGUGGAGGAAGGAUUUAGGGCACAGAUGCGUGAGUCUCGAGAACACGCAGUGGGAAACCUCUUUCUUAAUCGUUAUGGCCUGAGCUAUGGACGAUCUUGUCUCAAAGCUCCUUGACCUUUCCUCUCACUCAACUAACACAUGGCAAAUGCAGGACCUGGCUGUACCCCCUCCCACCCCUGCAAGCUGCUCCUACAGGCCUCCUGUGUCCAGUUGCCUCUGCCUGGCCGGGCCUGAGGCUGUCUUUGACCCAGGAUUCCGUCUCUCUCCCCACCUCCUUUUAAGAUGUUUCAUUUGCAUCCUGCACCUGUGUGGGAAUCUUGGCUGGACUCCUGUGAGAACCAUUUACCCAUUAUUAAAGCCUCACUUCCUUUCUUGUCUUUCUACACAAUUCUUUUCUUUCUUUUGUGUUUUCAUCAGUUUUGCUUUGUAGCCCAGGCGAGCUUCCACCUCCAAAGUGCAUUUGUGAGCCACCAUGACGAGAAUUACUAUUUUUAAAUAGUCCGGGGGUUGGGGAUUUAGCUCAGUGGUAGAGCGCUUGCCUAGGAAGCGCAAGGCCCUGGGUUCGGUCCCCAGCUCCAAAAAAAAAGAACCAAAAAAAAAAAAAAAAUAGUCCGUCAUUUGAAGCAGGGCCUCCUGUAGUCCAGGCUAACUUUGAACUCCUGAUUCUCCUGUCUCUGCCUAUGGAAUGCUGGGAUUAUAUGCAUUCACCACUAUGAAUAGCUAGCUUUGCCUUUUCCCAAGGGUUUGUCUAUUAUACUCUUAAGUCUCCAGGCAGUGGUAUGUGGUUCACAGCCCGGGUCGGAGGUGAGCACAGCCACCUUCCUCUCUUGGCAAACUCCCUCUGUCUUCUUCAUUUUCUCUUGGUGGUUACCUUCCUUACCACUUGUGUGUGGCAUAUUUGUGGUUUGUUUUGUUUUGGAUUUUUUUUCCCCUUUCAGUCCAAUCACUGUUUUUCUCUUCAUUAUCCUCCUGUUGCAGCAUCCCAAUUACACUAGUUGCCAUGGAGACAGAUGUACUCUGAGUGGAUAUUCCUUUAGGUCGAGAGAUAGAAGCAGGAGAAGGGACAAUACCAUCCUCUGUGGGAAGGAGAACCAGCUUCCUUGUGGUGACUACACAGCAGACCAGAAGGCCACCGUCUACGAUUCAUAUCAGCACACACAGUCUAUCCUAAGAGUCCAUGUUGAUCUUGGAAGUAGAGAGGUUUAAAAGAAGUUCCCACAGAAACCAAGAGCCUUACCAUCUCCUUUAGCUCCGAAGGCUGGCGGACAAUGGAUAUCAUAGAGACAGCAAAACUUGAAGGUCAUUUGGAAAGUCAAACCAACAACUCUACCAACACUUACACAAGCCCCACUGAAGCUGUAGAAGAGGAGGACAAAAAUGGCAAGGGUAAACCCAAGACCUUAUCCAACGGGCUACGAAAGGGUGCCAAGAAAUACCCGGACUACAUCCAGAUUUCCAUGCCCAAUGACUCCAGGAACAAGCUUCCCCUAGAGUGGUGGAAAACAGGCAUUGCCUUUGUGUACGCUCUCUUCAACCUUAUCCUGACAACAGUCAUGAUCACCGUUGUGCACGAGAGGGUCCCUCCCAAGGAACUCAGCCCUCCACUCCCAGACAAGUUUUUUGAUUACGUCGACCGGGUCAAAUGGGCAUUUUCUGUAUCAGAAAUAAAUGGGAUGGUAUUAGUUGGGCUAUGGCUCACCCAGUGGCUCUUUCUGAGAUACAAGUCAAUAGUGGGACGCAGAUUCUUCUUUAUCAUGGGAACUUUAUACCUGUAUCGCUGUAUAACUAUGUACGUCACUACGUUACCUGUGCCCGGAAUGCACUUCCAGUGUGCUCCAAAGCUCAAUGGAGACUCUCAGGCAAAAAUACAACGGAUUCUCCGGUUGCUUUCUGGUGGUGGAUUGUCCAUCACGGGAUCACACAUCCUGUGUGGAGACUUCCUCUUCAGCGGCCAUACAGUUGUGCUGACACUUACUUACUUGUUCAUCAAAGAAUAUUCACCUCGUCACUUCUGGUGGUACCACUUGGUCUGCUGGCUGCUGAGCGCCGCUGGGAUCGUCUGCAUCCUCGUGGCGCACGAACACUACACGGUCGAUGUCAUCAUUGCGUAUUACAUCACAACACGGCUGUUUUGGUGGUACCACUCCAUGGCCAAUGAAAAGAACUUGAAGGUCUCUUCCCAGACUAAUUUCUUGUCUCGGGCUUGGUGGUUCCCCAUCUUCUAUUUUUUUGAAAAGAAUGUGCAAGGCUCCAUUCCUUGCUGUUUCUCCUGGCCGCUGUCCUGGCCCCCUGGCUGCUUCAAGUCAUCGUGCAAAAAGUAUUCUCGAGUCCAGAAGAUCGGGGAGGAUAAUGAGAAGUCUACCUGAGCGGCCGACACGACAGCCGCUUUUCCACCCAAAGAGUCCGUGCUGUAACCAAAGGCACAGCUUCCUAUUUAUUUUCAGAGAACUGACUGGUGAAACGAAGUGGACCAAAUUUUAUGCAAAAGAUUGGAGCAGUGAAGUAUUACCUUUCGGCUUUUUUUCUUCAUUCAUCCCAAGAAACAUAUAUUUUCCUGUAGCUCUCCAUUCAGGGAGGACAAGGCCCCAAGCUGGAGUUCUGCAGAGGCAAAAGAGAACACGCUAAGCCUCUCCUCAUCUUCCUUCACUUCCACACUCUUUCCAGAUUGCUUUUUUUCCUCCCUUCAAGGUCAGAAGAGUUUGCUAAUGUUUUGAAUAAAAUGUCCGGAUAUAUACA